GUCAGCCCGACAAAUUCUAACCAUCUCAACGAACAAUCCCUACACCCCCCCUCACCCUAAACACUUCCAUCAAUUUCUUCAUUCCUUUUCUUCAGUUCAUCAGUCAAAUCUUAAUAAAUCAACCACAUCUUCUAACCCUUUCAUUGUCAAAUCUCAGAUCUCAUUACUGUGUCAUUCUUUAUUUAUUUAUUUAUUUAGUUUCACUAAUCAGUCUAAGAGACGGACAGAAACAAAGCAGUGUAAAUAGCUGAAUUUCGAUGGCUGUGGCUAUCAGGGGAGCUCGCGGUGGCGGAUCCGGCGGUGUUGGAGCUGGUUUCCGCGGUUUUUUUUCUUACAGGAUCUUCGUCUCAGCCAUGUUUUCGCUUCUCUUCAUUGCCACUGCCACCGUUCUCCUCACUACUCGUCCUUCUACAACUCAUCAGCACUCUAGGUUUCGAAGUGGCGGAAAUGCUUACAUGCAUAGAACGUUUGUAGCAUUGAACUCGGACCCUCUCAAAACAAGGUUAGAUUUGAUAUACAGGCAAGCCAAUGAUCACAUCACAUUAGUGAAAGCAUAUGCAGCUUAUGCAAGGAAACUAAAGCUUGACAUUUCGAGGCAAUUGAAAAUGUUUGACGAUUUGGCUAAGAAUUUCUCCGAUAUUACAUCUAAACCGAGGUAUAAAUCCUCUUUGUUUGAAACCGAUGGGAAUCUAGAUGAGGAUGUCUUAAGGCAGUUUGAGAAAGAAGUGAAAGAUAGAGUGAAAUUUGCUAGGUUGUUAAUAGCUGAAUCUAAAGAAAAUUAUGAUAAUCAGUUGAAAAUUCAAAAGUUGAAAGAUACUAUUUUCGCAGUUAGGGAAUUAUUAGGUAAGGCAAAAAAGAAUGGAGCUUUUGCGAGCUCAAUUGCUGCCAAAUCAAUUCCUAAGAGUUUACAUUGCUUGGCAAUGAGACUGGUGGAGGAGAGAAUUUCCCAUCCGGAGAAGUACAAGGAAGACUUGCCUAAGUCUGAGUUUGAUGACCCCGAUUUGUACCACUAUGCUAUAUUUUCUGAUAAUGUGAUUGCAGUUUCUGUGGUGGUGAGGUCUGUGGUGAAGAACGCUGAGGAGCCUUGGAAACAUGUGUUCCAUGUGGUAACUGAUAGAAUGAAUUUGGCUGCAAUGAAAGUUUGGUUCAAAAUGAGACCUGUAGAAGGAGGUGCUCAUGUGGAGGUGAGGGCAUUAGAAGACUAUAAAUUCAUGAAUUCCGCCUACGUGCCAGUUUUGAGGCAAAUUGAGUCUGCUAAGCAGAGAUUUUACUUGGAGCAUAAGAUGGAGAAUGCUACCAAAGAUGGGAGUAACACGAAGUUUAGGUAUCUUGAGCAUAUGUCAAUGUUGAAUCACCUUAGGUUUUAUUUGCCUGAAAUGUACCCUAAGUUGCAUAAGAUUUUGUUCUUGGAUGAUGAUGUUGUGGUUCAGAAGGACUUGACAGGGUUGUGGAAGAUAGACUUGUCUGGAAAGGUGAAUGGAGCUGUAGAAACCUGCUUUGGGUCGUUUCACCGUUUCUCUCAGUAUUUGAAUUUUUCACAUCCUCUCAUUAGGGAGAGGUUUAAUCAUAAGGCUUGUGCUUGGGCUUAUGGGAUGAAUAUUUUUGAUCUUGAUGCUUGGAGGCGUGAGAAAUGCACGGAAACGUAUCACAACUGGCAAAACUUGAAUGUUGAUCGGGCUCUGUGGAAAUCAGGUACUCUUCCGCCUGGCCUGAUCACCUUUUACUCAUUGACAAAAUCACUGGACAAAUCCUGGCACGUGCUUGGACUUGGAUACAAUCCAAGCAUUAGCAUGGAUGUGAUCAACAAUGCUGCACUCAUUCAUUAUAAUGGAAACAUGAAACCUUGGCUAGACAUAGCUAUGAACCAAUACAAGAAUCUCUGGACCAAAUAUGUGGAUAAUGACAUGGAAUUCCUGCAGACAUGCAAUUUUGGAGUGUAGGUAAGUAAGUACUGGUGCUUCUUUCUCAAUAAUCAAGUAACAAAAAUAGAAAUUUUAGCGAUUGUUCAUAUAGGCUUGCUAUAUUUCACCAACAUUUACACUAUUCUUUAGUUUAACUGCCAGAGUAAAGCUUAAUGGUUUUAUCUUUAGUUCUUUCUCCCCUUUAUUAGGCUUACUAUUUGUUUAUUCUUAAAUUUGCUGUUUUGUUCUUGAAGAUGUCAAGCACGAAUUGUACUGAACCAGAUUAUAUAUGUAUACACUUAAAUGAUUCUUUGAUAGUGAAA